AUGAAUGUGACAACAACCACUUUGCAGAAUUUAACACUCGUCAUGUUUGCUGAAAUUAACGUGAAAGAGGGCUGGAACAGUGCUGGGGUGGUACCAGCUUUGGAAAUGGCGGUUCAUGACGUGAACGCUGACCCAAACGUCCUUCCAGGGUAUCAUUUGAACUAUGUUGCUAUGGAUACAAAGUGUAAUGAGGGAGCUGCUGCCGCCGCUCUGGUUAGAGCUAUCCAACGUCCACCCCAAAAGAUAAUACUGAUAGGUGGAGGGUGCAGUGUAUCCACGCUUGCCACUGCUCAGACGACUCCCUUUUUUAAUCUUAUUCAGAUCUCAUACGGUUCUUCACGUCUGAAGCUUUCGAAGAGAGACAUCUACCGUACGUUUUGGAGGAACAUCCCCACCAAGGGCUCUUAUCUCAAAGCUCAUUUGGCCAUUGUAAAGCACUAUGGAUGGAAACGAGUUGCCACCAUAGGAAACGAAUGUCAAGAGGAUAUGGCAGUCCUUCACAAGUUAUUUCAAAGCAAUGGUAUCGAGAACUUGGCUUACCAUACCGUAGGCGAUAUAGACGAAUUGUCAGAUGUACAGAUACAGGACCUCAAGAAUCGUGACGCACGCAUUAUCAUCUUCGACGGCUAUGAGCAAACCUUCCGUAGAAUUCUUUGCAAGGCUUAUCGGUUCGACAUGAGCGGCGGGAAAGUGGUAUGGAUAUUCAACGGGUGGUAUAGUAAAGGCUGGAUGUCAGUCAAUGAUACGGUUUGUGAUCCGUCGGAGGUCAAGGCCGCCGCCGAGCACGGGCUGACCUUGAUGGAGCUUAUGACCUUUGAGAAGUUUACUCAUGGUCAGGAGACUAUAAAUGGGCUGACAUUUGAUCAGUAUGAAAGACGCUAUAAACAGUGGCCCAGUUUUGAAAAGUAUGGUUUUAACGAGUACCACCCCUAUGGCUAUGACGCCAUAUGGGCAGCUGCAUUGGCCCUGAACUCUUCUAUUCCUGAAGUGGCUAAACAGGUCGUCACGGAGGUUUUUGACGGUGAAACAGUUGUCAGGCCAAAGCGGCUCGAUGACUUCACCUACGAAGACAGUCACCUGUUGGAUGUACUCAUGGAGGAAUUGAAGAAAACAAAUUUUACAGGAAUGACAGGUCCAAUGUCAUUCUAUGAAAACGGCAGCAGGCCAUGGCAAAUUGAAAUCACCCAAGUACAAGACUCUGUCCAAGUGGCUGUUGGGGUGCACAACGAGAUCACAGGGCAUAUAAGCAUUGAUGAAUCGUUGUUAAAGUGGGCUGGUGGACAAGUACCCCUUGACCACACCCCUGUCGUAAACAGAAUGUCGUACAUAGAUGGCGCUCUGGCAGCUGUCAUCACUGGUCUCGCAGGGCUUGGGAUUUUACUUGGGCUGUCUCUGCUAGUGUUUAACAUCGUCUUCAUGAAUCAUCGCCACAUCAAACUGUCAUCACCAAAUCUUAACAACGUCAUAGCGACCGGGUGUGUUGUGGCAUUUAGCUGCGUGCCGUUUGUUGCACUGGACACCCGUCUUGUUCCUCCAGAUGUCAUGCCAGCGAUGUGCAUGACAUCAGGCUGGUUGCUGUCCAUAGCAUUUAGCCUCGCGUUCGGAGCCAUGUUUGCCAAGACGUGGCGUGUCUAUAAGAUCUUUAGAAACAAGUCUGGGAGAAUGAGAAAGCCCCUGCAGGAUAAACACCUGUUGCUGGGGGUGGCGUUUUUAGUUAUGGUGGACGUGGCUGUAAUGGUGACGUGGACAGUGAUUGAUCCAAUGUACUUGACGUAUCAUAUCCAGACAGACACGGAAACGGACGGGAAACGCCUGAUAACGAAACACGAGUCCUGUACGUCGGAGUUAAAGACGUAUUGGAUUGGCGGUCUGCUGGCAGAGAAGGGAUUGCUUCUGAUUUUUGGGUGUUUUUUAGCCUUUGAGACAAGAAAGGUCUUUGUACCGGAGUUAAAUGAUUCAAAGUAG